CUGAACUUAACCAGCAAAUAUUCAUCUUCUGUAAGCCUCACAUACCCAACAUUAAAUGCAAUAAGAGGAGUACCGAGAUUUGACGUACUGUAUUGUGUGAGUCAUGGAAGUCCUUUGAGUGGGGCGUGAUCUGAGCUGAGGCACAUUUGUAGCGCAUUACACAUCUGCAGAAGGGAUGUUCCCUGAGCUUAUAAGAGAGCCUAUAAGUUUUGAGGUCCUGAAUGAACAGUUAUAUCUGGAGGAGAGAAGGUCAAGGAAAGGGUGAAUAAACCUGGGUAAAGAUUUGUCCGAAUAGCAUUUUGAUAAUAAAAUGGACAUCAAGCCAGUAUUAAGGAGUUUUGGCUCUCUGAUCCGAGCCAUUCUUACAUUUCUUUUUGCUCUCCUGGUCCUUGGGGUGAUGUUAUGGGCGUACAUUUUUGGUUUCCAGAUAGCUACAUCUCCAUUUAACAUCAUCUCAUUGGGUUUCUAUGGAGUGCUGCUAAGCUUCCACGUCCUAAUUCAGAGUCUUUUUGCCUUUGUGGAGCAUCGGCGCAUGCAUGCGAGACGCAAACCUUGCUCUUACACAAAAUCCAUUGGCUUUACAAUAUCAGCCUAUCAGGAGGACCCUGCUUAUCUCCGAGAGUGCCUUCUGUCAGUACGGGCUCUACAGUACCCAUCUGAGCUGCUACGCAUUGUCAUGGUGGUGGACGGAAACUCAGAAGAUGACCGCUACAUGAUGGAGAUGUUUCGUGAGGUCUUUGCAGACCAGGAUCCUGGCUGUUAUAUAUGGCAAAACAACUACCACUCUUGGAACCCCACUGGCCAAGAAAAAGAUGCAGCUGAAGCUGACGGUCUAGAAGGAAAUGAUGGGGUGAUGUUUGAAGACCCUCAGCGUUUAGAGGUUGAAGAACUCAUUAGGACUAAGAAGUGUGUGUGCAUCAUGCAAAAAUGGGGAGGAAAGAGGGAAGUGAUGUAUACAGCAUUCAAGGCACUAGGAUCCUCUGUGGAUUAUAUACAGGUAUGUGACUCAGACACAAAGUUAGACCCUUUGGCCACAGUGGAGCUCUGCAAGGUGCUGGAGAGUAACCAGAAAUACGGUGCCGUGGGAGGCGACGUGAUGAUCCUUAACCUUAAAGACUCCUAUAUCAGCUUCAUGAGCAGCCUGCGCUACUGGAUGGCGUUUAACAUUGAGAGGUCCUGUCAGUCCUUCUUUGACUGUGUCUCCUGUAUCAGCGGCCCCUUAGGUCUUUAUAGGAAUGACCUUCUGCAGCAGUUUCUGGAAUCCUGGUACAAUCAGAAGUUUCUCGGCACCCACUGUACUUUUGGGGAUGACCGGCAUCUCACCAAUCGAAUGCUAAGCAUGGGCUAUGCUACAAAGUACACUGCCCGUUCUAAGUGCUACACCGAGACUCCCGCACAGUUUCUGCGCUGGCUCAAUCAACAGACGCGUUGGACCAAAUCCUACUUUCGUGAAUGGCUCUAUAAUGCUAUGUGGUGGCACAAGCAUAACCUGUGGAUGACCUACGAAUCCAUUGUCUCAGGCAUCUUUCCUUUUUUUGUCACUGCCACUAUUAUCAAACUCUUCUGGACAGGCACUCUGUGGGACAUUUUGUGGGUUUUGUGCUGCAUCCAGUUGAUUGGUCUGGUAAAGGCAGCCUAUGCCUGCAUCCUAAGACAAAAUGCAGUGAUGCUCUUCAUGUCCUUAUACUCUGCCCUCUACAUGACCAGCCUCCUGCCUGCCAAAUACUUUGCCAUUAUCACCAUGAACAAAAGCAGCUGGGGGACAUCGGGCCGUCGUAAGAUGGUGGGGAACUAUAUUCCCCUGGUACCACUUUCAGUGUGGGCAGCCAUCUUGUUGGGAGGCCUGGGGUACACAAUCUACAGGGAAUACAAUGAGAAAUGGACAACAGAUGGUAAAAAAGAAGAGAUCAAGUUUUUGAUAUAUGGAUCUGCAGCUUAUGUCUGCUACUGGCUCAUAAUGAUCGGCCUCUAUUGGAUGUGGUUUCGGAGGUUACUUCGAAAACGCUCACAGAGUUACACUGUGAAUGUGUAGGACAAUUAUUUGCGCACAUUUUUUAUUUAUUUAAGAAAACUUGCACUUUUUCAUGUUUUUCCAUGCAAUUUUAUUUAUAGAUUAUUUUUAAACUUGCAAUUGUAUUUAUGAUUUUUUUUAUAAAUUUUGAUAUGGUACAUUUUUAUGCAAUUUAUGUUGUCUAUUAAUAUGAUAUGGAAACUACCUGUCUUUAUGAAAUAUGAUUAUAUUAAAUUCUCAGAAAUCAAUCAUUUACAGUCAACAUUGAUGCUGUGGGGUUUUAAAUUAAACAAAUAUAGCAGUGAACCAAAUUUUACAGAUAUGUUAUUUUUAGUGAAGGAAUUCUAACAUAUCACUUUACAUCAUUGAGCUUACUGAAGUGAUAUUGAUUUAUUGUUGAGAUAACUGGACACACUAAGACCAUCUGUUACAACACUUAUUUGCUUAUUAUUUGAAGAAUGCAGAUAAAGAGAUACAUACCUGACACAGUGAACAGCACUGACCAUGUGCUGCUGAUGAUAUUUUAGCAUUUGUUGAAUGACUACUAACAUAAAUAUGAUUUCACGAGAAGCAAUGCUUGUAAUUCUUUCUGAUGUAAUGUUACAGGGCAUUUUGUUGUCUUUUAGCACUUGAACAGAGCAUGUUGAGUCAGUAUAUUUAUUGUCAGCAUUAUUUUGUAAAUGUGAACUGUUAUUUAAACAAUACAAGAGAAUAAAUAAAUUAUUUUUUAAUGGAAGACGUGCUGAAAUUAUUUCAUUGCCUUUGACAAAAUUAUUCCACCAUGAAUUAUCUAAUUAAAAUAACAAUACGUACAACAAAAAUAUUCCUUGUUUUGCAAUCUCAGCAUUUUAAACAUGGCUCUUGUUUAGAGUAAAAAAAAAAAAUUGUGACAUUUGAUGAAAAAUUGUUUGUUAUACUUUGAUGGACAAAAAUAUAUAAAAUGACACAAAACCUGAAUUUGACUACAUUUUAAACUGCAAUUUUUCCAGCAAUGUAGGAUGUGGACUGCACCUCUAAACACAGUUUUGCAAUAUAUCUGAAAAAAAUAUAUAGGGAGGAUUCCCUGACAUUUGUACAUCCAGACCAGCACUGACAUAAAUCAGUUUGAGUGUCAUUUAACAGCAGAAUCAAUAACACUGUAGGAUAACAGCCCACAAAUAAAUUACGUUUGCCCAUAAUUUACCUAUGGGAUGGAUAAUGUACGCGUGAUCAAGUAAAUGAUUUACCGUUUUAUGUGAUUUAAAGCAGAGUGAAUCAGAUAAGGGUGGGUGCUAUUUGGGGGUAAUUGCUUCAUGCAAAACAUUUUAUGAAGUACGUUUGAGUGUUAUAGCUUGUUUAGACUGUUACCAAAGGCAACCAAGGUGGAUCCCAAUUAUAGGAGGUUAAAAAGCUGUUAAUGAAAAAAAGCUGGAAUGAUCUCUUUAAAACAAUAUAAGGGUCAUUGACGAAUAAGGUUUUUAAAAGUGUAAAAAAAAACAUAAUGGAGAUAUAAUUCAUUUUGAAGUUUUAUUACAUGUUAAGAAAUAGAUUAUGUGGAUUUUAUAAUCAAUUAAUUUUUUUUUACAAGAUGGACAAAAUUUGCCACCAAAAAAGUAAUUCGGUUUUACCGUAUGACACUAGGUUAUACCGAAUGACGAUAUUUUCAAACACUGCUAACAGGCUGAUAUCUAGCUAGCUACU